AUGUUGAGAUGGCAUGCUCACCAUGAUGUGGACCUGCUGCGAGAAGUGGUAGCAGUUCGGCCGAAGUCUGCAAAUGACUGGAACACCAUAGCGGCCAAUUUGCACAAUGCUUGGGGCGAGGAAGAAACACAAAGAAGUCCUAUCAAGGGACGUUCUUGUAAGGAGCAUUUUGGUGUCCUGUUAGCACACCACAAGGCUGGAAAUGCUUCAGCAUUAAAGAAGUAAGUAUUACUACUUUGUUUAAUAAUUAUUGUUAGGGCCAUUCCAUUUAAUGUACACACACCCCUAUGGAGGAGGUCAAUAAAAUUUGAACCCCUAAAAAUAAAGGUGCCGACACAACCAUCCUCCCCCCGUCCCCCCCAGAAAUUAAGAACUUUUGCCUUACCCCUCGGAAAAACCAAAAGAUCAAAGGACGCCGAUGCACACAACCCUCAGAAACGGUUUUUUCAACCUCAGAAAUUCUCGUCCAUAGGCUGGAGGGGGGGGGGGGUAUAUUAAAUGGAAUGGCCCUUAUUAAUUUUAUGUAUCUUAUGGAUUAAGGGAAGUAAUAGCUACAAGGGUAAAAAAACAUUGCAUUCGAGAAGCCCUUUACCAGUUACCCAUGAAUUGAUCUAGAAUGAGAAGGGUAGGGAGUCUUUUCCAUUCAUAUCUUGUAUUCAUGUUUUUUCUUGUUUUCUGCAUUUAUUACACAUGUAGAUUACAAUUCACUCAUACAGCAAGUGAUGAUGUCGUUGCGAUAGAAUUACAUAGGUAUUUAAUUCACAUGUAAUGUUAACCAUAGGUAAAAGAAAGAAGCGCACAAACAAGUCAGAUUUCAUGUCAUAUCUCUCAGAAAAAAAUUCAUCCAAUGUUGCUCUGCGACAGAAGGAGCUAGAAUACAAGAAUAA